CCCACACUUUGAAAUUGGAGGGAAUACGGAAGCCCCCAUUUUGAACGGCGAAGUCCUCAGUCCACAUCCGUCAUUCGGCCAAGCCCCCGGAGAUUGAAACAAUGCUCAGAAGACGACUAGUUCUCUCUGACGACGAGGAUGAAGAACACAAAAAUCCACUCCGGCUGCCUUCUUCUCUGCCACCUCCGCAAUGGGAGGAAGCAGAUUUGCACGACCCAGAAAUUGAAGCUGGUUUACCGCAGCCAGCCGUAAAUUACCAAAACCCUAACCCUAACUUCUCUGAGCCAGUAGUCCCACUCUCCGACGAAGAGUUUGUGGAUGUAUCCGACGAUACCAAUUCUGCGUCUCCUCCUCCGGAGGCCGUUUCCUCUAAUGCAUCGGAGAAUCAGCAGCCGCAACCGCCGCCGGCCCCGGAGGAGAGCUUCGGAUGUCCGGUAGGGGAUGUUCUGUCGCGGAUGGGAUUGAGGUUAAAAAGGGAAUGGCUGGAUUCUUGUCUCGGAGGGCUUGGGAGCUCGGUUCAACAUCUUGAUGUUACGGGGAAGGCCAGGCAUUGCUUUGACAAGUUCUUAAUUUCCAACUUGAACUACUGUGGCGCAGGCGUGCUUCCGCUCAAUGUGGAUGCGAUGCACCUUGUGGAUCUCCCCGGGCCAUUUGUGUUGCAGGUUGACGAGAUCGUUAAUUUGAGUGCUCCCCUCAAAUCUAGGUAUGAAGAUGCACAUUGCGGGCUAAAGAGGUGCCUUAAAUUAUCAAUGACAGAUGGUGUUCAACGUGUGUUUGGCAUUGAGUAUAGGCCUAUCAGGGAUCUUAAAGUUUUGGCUCCUGCUGGGUUCAAGAUGGCCUUGCGUAAUGUACAUGUCCGUCGUGGACUCUUGAUGCUGGUUCCUGAAGUUCUUGAAAUCUUAGGAGGGAUGGUGGAGGAGUUAGAUGGAGCAAGACAACGUCUUGUUGAAGAAGUGAAUAAGCCUCCUAGGGGAAAGAGAGCAAGAGCAGGAGUGAAUCCUCCUUUAGCUACCAGGGCCACUCUGGCUGCAUGGCCCCUCUCUGCAAUCAAUGACCAAGGAAACACCACCAAUGGAUCUGAUAAUUCCCUUGGGACCAGCACCUCCACUAUUAAUCCUGGACUCGCGAAUGAACGCUAUGAUCGUUCUGCUAAUGUUGCUGGAUGCAGCAAUGUUCCUACCAAUUGUUCUAGAUCCUCAGCUCACUCCACUUUACACACUGCAAUCCCCUUUUCUGGUGGAGGCAGCAAUAAUCCUAUCAACAUUUCUAGAUCCCAAAAUCCCUCCACGGUACAGAGGGCAAUUUCUUCAUCUAUCAAUGUUCCCAGUGGCAGCAAUAAUUCUAGCAAUGUUUCUAGAUCCACAAAUCCGACCUCAGCCUCUUCCAGCAACUUCAGUGGAGGCAGCAACAGUCCUGUCGAUGCAUUCAGAUCCACAAAUUCCUCUACCAUACAGACUGGAGGUCCCUCUCAAUCACAUGACCAAGGUAAUCGUUUGGUUACAUUGCGCACCAAUUCCAGCCAGUGCACUACAAAUGGCCAUGAUAAUGGAAGAGCAGGAUUAUGUGCUGCCAGUCUAUCAGAUAGAGUUGUUUCAGAAGUUGAGGGGAUGCAUAUUGAUGCUUCUUCUCCUGUUCUCAGGGAGAGUGCUGCAUCGGAUCAAGAGGAUACUCUUAUGGUUGAUGAACUUGAACAUCCCCUUAUAUUAUCUGGGGAUCAAAAGAUUCCAUUUACGUACUUAGCUAGUUUGUCAGCAAAAUGGGCAUCAACAAGGAUGAAAUCUUCCGUCCAGGGAAAGAUUAAGUGUCUCAUUACUGGUGUGAAGGGAUUCCAAUACAGGCAGAGAGAAACAUAUGAUUUACGAAUAUAUGUGGACGAUGGAAGCCUCAUCUCUGAGAUCCUGGUCCAUCAUAAUGUCGUUACCAAAGCUAUAGGUUAUUCACCCAUAGAGGUCACUUCUGCUCUUUCUUCCAAGGAUGUAAAGAGAGUUGGUGAUAUGAAGGACACCAUGAGACAGUUCCAAGUAUUUCUAGCCAACUUUGAGGGCACAAUGCUUGUAGAAAUGAAUGGAACCUCCUCUGUUCCAGUUGCCCUCGAAUUAGACCAAGGGAGCCCUCCUGCUGAUGCAUGGCUGCUUAUGGAAAGGCUCAACAAGUUUCCUUCUCCCUCUCAACAAACAGCGGCUCAUCAUACUGCUUCUGAGACCAUUACCAUUUCUCCAUGACCCGACCCAGAAUCUGUUGGUGGAGAAAGAGAACUUAUAAUUUAUUUGCUGGAAAAGGUGAAUUACUCAUACAAGAGAACGCAAUGAUGUAACAUUCUACAACAGAAUGAAGCCCCUAACUACACUAGGCCAGUAGUAGCCGUAGAUCUUUCUGUCUUUCUGUCGGAAGGGAAAUGUUUGGAGACUGUUAAUUAUGGUCAAGCAGGAAACUUCCGGUGGCUAAACUUGGAAGAAUCUCCAGAAACCAGAAGAUGGAUUCCUUGCACCGAUUCGCGAUGUCAGCAAUCUUCUUGCUGCGGGCAUCAUCGACUGAGCGGCCAGGCGGCGGGAGCAAAAAGAAUCGGUUGCUCCACUCGAUGGCAUCAGGGCAAAACGCCUUCACCCAGAAUAUUGACCGGUACCAUUCUGGCUCUGUCAAGUACUUGUCUCCCCGCAGUGCGCUAUUAACAAUUGAUUCUGCACAUUCGGCGGUGGACUCCAGAGGCAUCACGCUCAGUUGAACCUGCCAUCAUCAGUUUUGGGCAAGCCAAAGUUUGAACUUGCUAGCUUACUGUAUAUAAGCAUAUAUCACAAAUGUUAUGUUGACAAACUUACAUCUCUCAUUUCUUUAUCCAUUCCCAGUCGGCCUUGUUGAUUCAGGAACUUGCCGCCUGUCAUUUCCGACUCGAUUAGCCCCGGGGUGACGAUUGUGAUUCCGAUUUCGGUUCCCAGUUCCACUCUCAGCGUCUCGUACAUGGCAACUACCGCUGCUUUGCUUGCCUGCAAGGAAAAAAAAGAGAAUCGAUAGUGAAGAACUGUUGACAAAGGAGAAGAGAACUAAUCUCACUAGUUUACAUUGUAGAAGCUCAUCCUCGGAGCAGGCAGCCACGACGCACACGAAGAUAUUACUACGAUCUUCCCGUGGGUCUCCCUCAGGUGUGGAAUUGCAAAGUAGGAGCUAUAAACCGAUCCCCAGAAGUUUAUGUCCAUUGACGGGGCCAGUUGGGUGACGUCGGGGAUGUCCUCGAACAAGCUGACUGGACAAACUCCGGCGUUGGUUACCAGGUGAUCCAAUCUGCCAAAUACCGUCGCAGCUGUGUUGACAAACCGGCGGCAGUCUUCGGCGUUGGUGACGUCACCCUGGAUGACCAGAGCGUAAGGGCUACCCAUCUCCUCUGCUUUGGAGGCGACGUGGCGGAGGCGAUCCUCUCUUCGGGCAACCAGAGCAAGGCAGGCUCCUCUCUUGGCGUACUCGUAAGCCAGAUGCUUCAUUCAGCCACAACAAACAAUUAACAAAAACCCAACCAACAAA